UGACAUUGCUGGCCCUUGUUGGUCUGACUCGACCCUGCUGUAUUUGUCCCUCGCCUGUUUCCGUAGUUCUGCCUCACACAAACGCCUUCCUGCUGAGGAACCGGACGUGAGUGCUGAAGGUCGUGAACUAAACGAAGUAAACAAUGUCUCUUGCAAAGCCAGCGAUGAGAGGCCUGCUUGCCAAGCGUUUGAGGUUUCAUUUGCCCAUCGCCUUCGGUCUUGCCCUUGUGGCAGCAGCCGGCUUCAAGUACACCGUAACUGAGCCCAGGAAACAUGCUUAUGCUGACUUCUACAAACGUUACGAUUCGUUGAAGGAGUUCAGUGCCAUGAGGGAAGCUGGUGUUUUUGAAAGUGUCAGACCCACUGGAAAAUAAACCACUGUCUUGUGAGUGGCCCUUCAAUUUCAUAUAUCAUUAUU